ACAACUGAAAAGAGUGCUCGCCUGUAAUUUGACAUCACGAAAAUGUAUGUUUUGGGAUCCCAACUGGGAAAGCUGGCAUUUGGAAGCAUUGGCAGUUCAGUGCUUGAAUUUCACGGCCAACCAUGACAGCACGCCAAACACUCCAUCAUCUCUCCUCUCACGCGACCCACCCCCUCCACACGCGUAUAUCCACAUCAUUCUCUGCAAUUCGAUCAUUUUCCUUCCCUCCAUUUUACAAAAUAAGUACUUCCCCUGCCUCCCAACAAAUGCCUAUAUUCGUGUUAGCUAGCCCCUCAUCAUUACAUUCGCUGCAUGUUUUUCAGUCAUGGGAUUGGGGAUUUCCCCCUCGAUCUGAAUAAUCUCUGACUCGCGCGAACUUUUCCCCUUUUACCCACCUCUUAAAACCACUCCAUUCUGCGAGUCCUGAUGCAGGGGAAGAAGAUGGAAGGUUCAUUUGAGGCCAAAGAUCCCAAGUUCUGCCCUGCUCUGCCGCACCAGGGCAAGGGGAAAGGAGCCAGAGGUCCUGAGUUCGGUUCUCCACAAUGCUGCCCUUCUAUUCCAAGAGGUCCCGAGUUCGAUUUUCCACAAUGCUGCCGUUUCGUUCCUGCAACAAAUCCUAACGCUUACCACCAUAAUUCUUGGAGCGCAGGGUUUUUCGACUGCCAUGAAGAUCGCUGCACAUGCUGUAUGACAGCAAUCGCCCCGUGCGUUGCCUUCGGAAGUAUUGCCCGGUUUGCAGAUGACGCUUCUGCGUUGGCGUGUGUGAUGAGAGGAAGUCUGUACUGUGUAUUGUUAAUGGUGGGGCUGCACUGUUGCUAUUCUUGUGGGUAUCGAGAGAGACUGAGAAUGAAACUGCAGCUUCCUGGGAAUCGAACCUCCGACUUCCUUGUCCAUUGCCUCUGUGACUGCUGUGCCCUGUGCCAGGAGUAUCAUCAGGUCAAAUCCGCUAAAACAGGAGAAGCAGUGAAAUCCGUUGCCUUGUCGCCUCCCUCCAUCAAGACCAUGAUACGCUGAUCGCCAUUUUUUACUGAUACUGCAAUGAAAUUUUGUGGAGAAAAAUGCUCGUGCACAGUGAAAUUUUGCUCCUAUCUGUUCAGUCCUGUGAAAGGAAUAUGUGAAAAUAUAUCUUAAAUUUUGCCAUGGCUGUAUGUACAUGAACAGGCUAAGCUUAGAUUUUGUAUGGAGACAGACUUGUUAUUAUUAGAUAGGAAAAAUGCAUAUCUACGGUCAAAUUUUACAAGGAAUGUAUGCAUAUUUAGUUCGUAGUAAGGUGUUUCUUAUACGUAGUUCAGCUAGUCCAUAUACUAUAUGUAGAUCCAAAAACAGAUAGUAUACAAUGUUGAAUUAGUUAAAAAAAUAUUUUCAUUUUUAUUUUGCAACUAUUUUUUUUUUAAAUUAUGAUUUUAUA